UGGUUUUUUUGUUUUGUUUUGUUUUGUUUUGUUUUUUUGUUUUGCCGAGUACAGGUUGUGCUGCAAUUAGUUCAUUGAAAACUCAGUUGCUCUCUGAGCGCUUGGGCAGAGACUGCUUUCGGCUUUUUUUCUGCUAAUUGUUAAGAUCUCCUGUAGAGAGCUGCAACAAUGCCCAAAAGAAAGGCUGCCAGUCAAGAUGGUACCAGGCAGGAGCCAAAAAGAAGAUCAGCCAGACUGUCUGCUAUGCCCGUGCCCAUGACACCAGAGUUGAAGCCCAAAAGAACAUCUAUUACAAAGAAAAUGAAGACAGAACAUGAUACGAUGGAAAAAAACACAGAUACAAGUUCCAAAGUAAUAGCUGAAAACAAGAAAGAAGUCGUUAAAGAAGAAUAUAGUGAUAAAAAUGGAGAAGCCAAAAUUAUGGAGGCACCAGCUCCUGAAAAAGAACUUGAGGAAAUGAACGAAGAAAAAAAUGAAGAUGUUGAAGAAGAGGGAGUAGAAAAGAAUGAAGCAGUGUCACCAGCAAGAAAAGAAGACGAGAGAUAUCAGAAAGGAGAUGGAGAAGAUCAAUACAAAAAAGAAGAGAAAGGAGAAGAUGGGCAAGAGAACAAAGAUGGAAAAGGAAAAGAAGAUAGAAAAGAGGAUGAAGAUAGGAAAGAAAAAGAAGAGGGAAAGGAGGAAGACAAAAAAGAGAAAGGAUAUGAAAAAAGAGGUGAAGAUGGAAAAGGGAAAGAAGAUAGCAAAGGGAAAGAAGAAGAAAGAGAGAAAGGAUAUGAAAAAGUGGAUGAAGAUGGAAAGGGGAAAGGAGAAGAUAGCAAAGAAUUGGAAUGUGAAAAAGACAAAGGAGAAGAAAAACUGAGAGAAGAAAGAAAAAAGAAUGAAGAUGAAAAGGAGAAUAAAGGUGGAAAAGAGGAUGAAAUUGGAAAUGAAGAGGAAGAUGGAAAUAAGCAAGAAGGUAGAAAAGAGAAAGGAGAAGAUGGAAAGGAGGGCAAAGAUGGCAAAGAGGAAGAUGAAACAGAAGAAAAUGGAAAGGGAGAUGGGAAAGAUGGAAGAGAUGGAAAGGAAAAUAAGAAGGCUAAAUUGGGAAAGGAAGUAGCUGAUAAAGAAGAGGCCAAAAAAGAUGAAAAAAAAGGAGAAUCUCAGAAUAUUGUUUAAAGCUUCCCUAUAUAGUUUCAUAAUUUGGUAAUAUGUGCCUCCAUGUUGUAAUGUUAAUAGAGGUGAAUAUUUUUAUCAAAUAUUUUAUAAACACAACUUUUCUUUAGCAUCAAUGUAAUUUCAGAACAUCUUCAUGCUGAUUAUUCAUCACAAAGUAGCUAACAUGAAACUUUUUACAUUUUGUGAUUAUAAUAGUGGAAUAUAUAAAAAUAUUCUUUCAA